GUUGCGAUACAGCAGGACUGCGCAUGCGCAAAGCGGCCUGCGUCUCGUAACCAGAAACGCACGCUUUCCCCGUACUGCGCAUGCGCCCGCCAUCUUCUGGAGCUCUUCCGGAACUGGACUGGCGCAUUUCUUUUUUUGGCUUCAUUUUUAUCUGCUUUUGUCUUUGACCGGUGGAUAUUGAUACGACUAUAUUCCUUCGCGCAAUGAAGAAAACAUCCCCGUGUGCCUUUUCUUUCACGCCUCCAACCUGUCCGUGUAGCCUUUCGCUUGCUAGCUGCAGAAACAAAGAACGAGCGCGCUUGCGUUCAAAUGUGUGCAAGACGGAGCGAGCGAGCCGCUGAAGAGUGACAGGAGGAGCUUUUUCAUGAACUAAACAAGGGGAGAACGCCGCAACGAUGGACUCGCGCACAGCAGGUUGCUUUUGACGUUUCCGACCGCCAUAGGAAAUGCAAUUUGACACCUGUACCGACUAUUCUUCCAAUUCAGGAAACGGCGGUAAUCGGACAAAAGCACAUUUAAUGUACUUUUAAUGGGCAGAAUCAAGAAACACAACAUAGCAAUCGAGAAAAUAAUGAAAUGGUUCACAAAUUGUGCCGGGAUGUCCACCAACUGGAGAUCACCCGCAUGAAAGAGGAAGAGGAGCGACCCGAGCUACGUCGCAUCAAAGACGAAGAGGAGGAAGCGGAGAUAGCGCCUGUGAAGGAGGAAGAGGAGGAACUGGAGAGCCCUCCCUUGAAAGAGGAAGAGCAGGAAGUGGACAUCGGUCAGGAGGACGUCUGCGUGAUCGUCAAGCUGGAAGGCGACCGAGAUGAAGGAGAGCGAGCCGAAGCGGAAGCGGACGCCGGCGACGCUCUCCGCUGCUCGUUUUGCAAGGAACCCUUCUCUCGACGGGAAGCUCUGAUCGAACACACCGCGAAGCACGUGGCCUCCAAAAGCUUUUCCUGCCCCGUGUGCGACAUGACCUUUAUUUUCCGCUCGACGAUGAUGCAACACAUGGUCGUCCACACGGGGGAGAAAGCGUUUACCUGCUCCACUUGCGGGAAAGGCUUCUCCCGGAAGAUGAAUUUGGCCACGCACACGAGAACGCACACCGGGGAGAAGCCCUUCUCGUGUUCGGUGUGCGACGCCACCUUUCGCUUUCACGCCACCUUCGUCAACCACACGCGCACGCACACGGGCGAGAAGCCGUUCACGUGCGCCGCGUGCGACGCCAGCUUCAGCGUGCACUCGUCGUGGCUGAGACACGUGCGCUCGCACACGGGAGAGAAGCCCUUCAUGUGCGGCGUUUGCGGCAAACGCUUCACCAGGAAGGUCAACUUGAGAGAGCACGCCAUCGUGCACACCGGGGAGAAACCCUUUUCCUGUUCGCUCUGCGGCGCGGCUUUUAGCUUUCAUUCGUCCAUACUGAGACACAUGAGAACGCACGCGGAGUAGGGAUCAUGAGCGUUGUUGCGGGAAAUAAAAAAAAAAUGUCGUGACGCAGCACAGGCGUCAAAGUCGUGGCCCGGGGGCCAGAUCCGGGCUGCCGCAUCCUUUUGCGUGGCCCACGAUAGCAAACCGUGUGCAUCGACUUCAUGUUUCUUGCGAAAAUAGCAACACUGCAAAUUGUUAGGAACGAUAAAAGAACAUGCGUUGUUCAAAAAUAGUCUUGCAAAAGAUAUCGAUAUCGUAUUUUCAAACAUAAACCGCUCAUGAAAAAGCCUUUCAGGGCACAUUAUUAAGAAACUGACAAACAUAACUGCGUGUACAUAAUUGUACAUUUUGCCACUGAUCGUUUUAGGAAAGUGCAACAUCAGUACUUUGCCUUCUUUUUAGGAAAUGAAGGCUACAGAUGAACUGUAACCAUGUUCAGUCUGUAUGGUGCUAUAAAUUAUUUACUGCCUGUCCGCGACCCACCCAAAAUGGCUCCGCGACCCACUCUUGGGUCCAGUCGCAAACAAUCACUGUGAUCGAGGAUACCCGAAAGAAAUACUUGAAGACCGUUCCAAAGUUUGCCACAAGGGGAAGGGGUCCUUGUUUGCGUGGAAAUGCAUCCAGUUGGCAAAACAAAACAUUGAUGUCUGAUGUCAUUUUCCAGGACAGAAGACUCCCCACAUAUAGAUGCAUAGGAGUCAUUGUUUUGACUAUUUGUGGGGACAUCCACCGUUGGUAAUGUCAGAGCAAAUUGUUUCGUGUUACUAAUUGUAACACUGUACCUUUGUUCAAGUGGAAACGUGUCGUUAAAAAUGUGGACAUAUGA